AUGAGCACCACCUCGAGCCAGCACAAGAGCCCGCGGGUUCUGGCUUGCGUGCUCUGCCAACAUCGCAAGAUCAAAUGCGACCGCAAUACCCCAUGCUCCAACUGUAUCAAGGCCAAUGUCACAUGCACUCCCUCCACACCAGCUCCUGCGCGCAAGAGACGGAGGCCAAAUCAGGACUUGCAGGAGAGGUUGGCCAGGUGUGAAGCUCUGUUGAAGCAGUAUGCCACGACCGGUUCAACGACGCCUCCCGCCGGCCCUCCCACCGUCUCGAGCAUUCUUUCUCCCUCAACCCAACCCACCCCCUCUUCAACAGCAGGUCCGUCCCCAAGUAUAACGCAGCUGCCAUUGCCCACAGGCACAGCCUCGAUUAUCGACGACAUUGGCUCGCCUGCGACCUCACAAUGGAAGCCAGCCGGCAAGGUAGUCGUAGAAGAUGGCAGCGUCAGGUUUAUGGACAGCUAUCUGUGGGCUACCGUUCAUGAUCAGUUGACAGCUAUGCGACAAAUCAUCGAAGCAGAAGAGGAGGAGCAGAGUGUUCUCGGUUCCGACGCCGUUACCCCCGACGACAACGUGGAUCUCUUGCUCAACGACUUUGCUGCCAUCGACCUCGAGGACGUCACUCCGUCGCCUGUUCAGAUCUUCAGACUUUGGCAGGUCUUUUUGGAGCGGGUCAACCCCAUCACCAAACUCAUCCACGUCCCCAGUCUGCAGCCCUUAGUAGUCGAAGCGGCAGCAAACCACUCUAAUGUCGCCAACAACGCCCAGGCACUGUUGUUCUCCAUCUACCUCGUCGCGACCCUUACCAUGACCGAAGCCGAAGCCAGGCAGAUGCUCGACUCUUCCAAGGAGGAUGCGCUGAAGAAGUUCACCGCGGGUGUCAAGGCAGCGCUGACCAAGGUCAACUUCCUCAAGAACCACGACAUGAUGACUUUGCAGUCUCUUAUUCUCUACCUAGUCUCUCUCCAAGGCCGCUACAACCGCCACGCCGCCUGGGUGCUGAGCGGUGUGUUAAUACGAAUUGCGCAAAAGAUGGGUCUGCACCGUGAUGGAGACUCGCUCAACCUCACCCCAUACGAAACCGAAAUGCGACGGAGGCUCUGGUGGCAGAUCAUCAUGCUGGACACCAAGUAUGCGAUGGUCUCUGGAUUUUGCGACACGCUACUGCCGUGGAACUGGGAUACGAAAACGCCGCAAAACGUGAACGACGCCGAUCUUUUCCCCGGCUCGACGGAGCCCGUUCAGCCCCGAGAAGGCCCCACCGAGAUGGCUUUCUGCCUGCUCCUGUACGAGGUUGGCCGAUUCAUCGUCGAGAACCGAAUUCCCGACUUCGAGGCAGUCGUGCUGGGCGCCAUGGAGAACGAGUCUCCCGAGUCUCAGGCGACCAACCUUGCGACAUUGGCCAAGUACCGCACACUCGUCGACAAUCUCGAUUCGAAGCUCAUUGCCCUCGAGAAGAAAUACUGCGAUCCUUUGGCAGGCAACAUUCACAUUGUGGCAACCAAGAUCCGUUCUAUGAUCAUUGACAAGAUGCGAACGAUGAUGAUUCCGAUGCGCGAGCUACCGGAAUGGGGCACCGAGAUCUUCAAUGUGCAAGAUAACAUGUUCAGGAUAUCCCUGAUGCACCACGAACACAACGUCGAGCUCUAUGAGUUUAUGGAGAACACUGGGUUCGUGUGGUUUUUCAAGCUGCACUUCCAGAUUGACGUGUUCAUCGUCAUGGCCGGACAGCUCUACAAGCGACCUACGGGCAGACUUGCAGACCGCGCUUGGAAGGUUAUUGACAGGGUGUACCAGUUCCACGAGGAGCUGUGGGACAUGUCAAGGAAGGAGAAUGUGCAGCUGGGCAUUUACAUGCUCAAGGCGUGGAGGGCACGAGAGAGAUCCUUGGUACAGCUUGGCAUGCCCUACGAGACACCCCUGGCAGUACCCCGACUGCAGGACAUUGUACCGCAGUCGAACUCGGAGGUAUCAUCAGCAGGACCGUCCCCCGCCCAGCCGAUGAAGAUGGAGGUUCCUCCACGACAAGAUCAGCCCAUGGACCAAUAUCUGGGCAACUUCCUCGAUACGACGAAUUUCUACGAUUUGGACAUGUGGGCGGACCUGGGUGUUCCCAACGGUAACAUGAAUCAGCAGUCCGCGGCGAACAUGUUUGGGACAUUUGGCAACUUUGGUGCACCACCGACGGGUAGAUGGUAA